AUGCGUCUACACUACUUCCUGCUCGUGGCUGCACCCAUGCUUCUUGCAAGCACCGAUUUCGUCGCAGCCAGUACCGACUCCGCUCACACCAAGCUAUCAACGGCUGCGGAAUCCACCCACGGCGUUCGCAUGCCUGCUCGUGCUUUGACCGAAGGGAAUGACAAAAGAUCUCUGCGAAUCUCCAAAACGAAUGAUGAAGACGACGAAGAAGAAAAUGAAGCUAGGGGUAUCCCCGUGGUGUCAUUUUAUACUGAUGAGAUAUCCGCCCGUGGUUUGAUCAGGUUCCUGAAGAAGAAGUCUAUCAUCAGCAAGGCCCGCGCUAAAGAACUGAAAGCAUCCGAUGUGUCCAAAGAAGCAAUUGCCGAAAUGUACUCAAACUACGUCGCGCUUGCAACGAGGCCAAAGAGGGGUGAAGCUAUAUACUCGCCAUGA